AGAUCUUCCUCUUCGACGAUGCUAUCCAAAGUAGUUUGUGUUGCUGUGCUCGUGGCUUGCCUGGCAACCGCCAGGGCAGGAGUACUGGUUCCCGCUGAGGUGGAUGAUUCCCGCUACACCUUCGGGUACUCCGUGGAUGAUCCUUUUACUGGCGAUAGCAAGGCGCAAGUGGAGACCAGAAACGGGGGAUUAGUACAAGGUACUUAUUCCCUCAACGAUCCGGACGGUACCCGUCGUACCGUCGAUUACACGGCAGACGACAUCAACGGCUUCAACGCAGUAGUGCGAAAAUCUCCUUUGAUCCACUCGCAAUUCCACGCGGUACCGCCCAAGGUAGUACCGGUAGUAUCCAACGCACCGACGCCCGUCGUCACCAAUUUGAUUUCCGACGAUACGGUGGAGGUGGGAGCAGCGCCGGCUGUAUCUCGAAACGUACCACUCAGUUACGCGGCUUAUUCGUUACCUGUUAAAAGUUACUCGUAUCCGUACGGAUUGGUACGACCGUACUUCAACGCAGAGCCGUACUACAGGAAUAUUUAUUACUAUUAGAUUUUUUAACGGGCUUGUUUUAUCGAUGUGCUGAUAAUAAAUUUUGAAUAUAAAUGCAA